AUGUUUGGUGUAGUGCCUGGCACUAUCCUGAUUGUCACCAUCAUUCUUACAGCUUGGUACAAAAGAAGGACCAAGCAUCCUCCUUUAGGGCAGAAUCCGAACAUUGUUGGUAUCAACACAAAUACUGUAAUAGACAGUGGUCAUAGUCGGACAGGACGGGGCCAGUCUCAGGUUCAAACUGAGUCCGACACUAUGUAUGUAGAAGGUUUAACAUCUACCAAUGGUCACAAUCAGACAGGGCAGGGCCAGUAUCAGGUCAUCACUGAAUCCAACACAAACACUACAACUGCUGUAGUGAUCAGUGACCAUAAUCAGACAGGGCAGGAUCAGUCUCAAGCCAUCUCUGAAUUCAACACAAGCACCACUACUGCUGUAGUAACAAGUGACCAUAUUCCGACAGAGCAGGGUCAGUCUCAGGCCAUCUCUGAAUUCAACACACGUACCACAACUGCUGUAGUGACAAGUAGCCAUGAUCAGUACCCUAUAGAUACCCAUCGUGAUCAAACAGGGCAGGGUCAGCCUGAAGCUAUCACUAAACCCUUGGAUGCAGAAAACGUAUCUGAUGGCACAGGGCCAACUGCAUCACAUCUAAAUUCGUUGUACGAAAACCAACAUGAUCAGACAGGUCAGGGUCAGCCUGAAGCUAUCACUCAAUCAUUGGAUGCAGGAAACAUAUCUUAUGGCACAGGGCCAACUGCAUCACAUCUAAAUUCUUUGUACGAAAACCAAUAG